AUGCUUGCGAUGAGCAGACAUAACAAAUUAUUUCAUCAACUGAAAAAGGGCAAGAACAUCCCUUUGACGUGCAUAUAUAAUAUGGCCUCACAUCAAUCUCAAUUUACUGAGUAUAAGGAUCUCAUUCAGGAAGGUGAUCUGGCGCUGAUCUGGAUUUCUCGUGGUAACAUCAAAGCUGUAACAAUAGACGCUAAGGAAUCUUUCAAUACAAGAUAUGGUACCUUCCCACAUAAAGAUAUGAUUGGUAAACAAUACGGUUCGCAGAUUGCUAUUCGUACCAGGGGUACAGGUAGAUUUGCGUUUGUUCAUGUUCUACAGCCUACACCCGAAUUAUGGACAUUAUCACUUCCUCAUAGAACUCAGAUCGUGUAUACUCCCGAUUCAUCGUACGUCAUGCAGAGAAUGAACUGUGGACCACACACUAGAGUGCUUGAGGCUGGUACAGGUUCAGGUUCAUUUUCUCAUGCAUUUGCUAGAACAGUAGAGAAAUUGUUUACUUAUGAAUUCCAUCCAGUUCGUUACGAGCAAGCUAUGCUAGAAUUUAAGGAGCAUGGUCUCUUAAAUGAAAAUGUAACAAUCACUCUAAGAGACGUUUGUGAGGAUGGAUUUACAAUUAAGAAAGGCGAUAAAACUUCGGCCACUUUCGAUGAUGAGGACUCAAAAGAAUUGGAAGCGACUGCGGUCUUUCUAGAUUUACCAGCGCCUUGGGAUGCCAUCCAUCAUUUAGAUAAAGUUAUCGCCCAAGACCAAAUAGUUAGUGUAUGUUGUUUUUCACCAUGUAUAGAGCAGGUUGAUAAGACUAUCGAAUCCCUUGAAAAAAAUGGUUGGGCAAACAUUGAAAUGGUAGAGAUCCAAGGUAGACAAUAUGAGAGUAGACGCCAGAUGGUAAGGUCGAUAGAAGAUGCCAUGGAAAGAUGUAGAGAUAUAAAAAGACGUAAACAGGAAGGUAUUGAACUGAAACGACUUCGUAUUGAAGCCGAGCAUAAAGGUGAAACUAAACCUGACUCGGAACCCACCCCUAGAGAGCCAUUCACUGAGAAAUCAAAAUUUAAUCCAUUCGGAAAGGGAACUAGAGUGAAAGAAGGUGAUCCAAAUUUCAAAUGGAAACAAGUUACAAAGAUUGAGUCAGAAAUUAAAUCUCACACUUCAUACUUAACGUUUGCAACAAAACUUUCUGACAAGUCUAGACGUGAUACUGUUGUUCAGUAA